AUGGAAGUUCUACUUGAUUUCUCAAGAGAUUUCGAUGUCGGUCUCAUGGACAAAGUUGUUAUGGCGUUUUACACGGGAGCUGGUCCAGAACAACAACUAGCCCAGCAAAUUCUCACCCAAUUCCAAGAUAAUGCUGAGUCCUGGACAAGAUAUAUCGGUCUUCAAAUCCUGGAGAAGCUUAUCAUGACGAAAUGGAAAACCCUGCCGGAGGGUCAGCGCCAAGGUAUCCGGAACUUCAUUGUCGGUAUAACAGUUAAAGUCGCCUCCGAUGAGGUCUCCUUCCGAAAAGAGAAGACAUAUAUCAACAAACUCAAUCUUGCUCUCGUUCAGAUACUCAAACAGGAAUGGCCACAUAAUUGGCCCACAUUCAUAACCGAGCUUGUGGAAUCAUCCAAAACCAACCUGCCUCUCUGUGAAAACAACAUGGUCAUCUUGAAGCUGUUGUCGGAGGAGAUUUUUGAUUUCUCAGCGGAACAAAUGACACAAACAAAGAUAAAAAAUCUUAAAAACCAGAUGUGCGGUGAAUUCUCAGAGAUUUUCAAGCUUUGCUCAGAAGUGCUCGAAGAGGCACAAAAAGUAUCUCUCAUUAAAGCCACCCUUGAGACCCUUCUUCGAUUCCUCAAUUGGAUUCCUCUUGGUUAUAUUUUUGAAACUACCAUUAUUGAUUUACUUCUUAAUCGGUUCCUUGAGGCGCCCGAGUUCCGGAAUAUCACCCUCAAAUGUCUUGCAGAGAUUGCUGCACUUAAUGUCGGAGCCGAAUACGACCCCAAAUUUGUUAUUCUAUUCGCUAUGGUUAUGACAGCUGUGAAUCGUAUGAUUCCUCCCAGCACAAAUAUUGCGCAGGCCUAUCAGAAUGCUGGUGACUCUGGUCAAGAGCUUGUUCUUAACCUGGCACUUUUCCUCGCCAACUUCCUUUCUAAUCACCUUCGCGUCGUCGAAUCGGAGCAGAACCGUGAUGUUCUGCUCAAUGCUCAUUUGUAUAUGGUCAAAGUAUCACAGGUCGACGAACGCGAGAUUUUCAAGAUCUGUUUGGAAUAUUGGAACAAGCUGGUCGCGGAACUUUAUGACGAAAUCCAAAGUCUGCCUAUCGGGGAUUCGGGACUCUUAAUGGGGUUGAGCCUAGGGGGCACAAAUGGCGCCCAAAACAUGCUAAACGGCAUGUCUUUGCGCAAAAAUAUUUACAGUGAUGUCCUCUCUAAUCUGAGGUUGGUCGUCAUUGAAAGAAUGGUCAAGCCGGAGGAGGUACUCAUUGUCGAGAACGAUGAAGGAGAGAUUGUCAGGGAAUUUAUGAAAGAGAGCGACACCAUUGUUCUUUACAAACAAAUGCGCGAACUCCUGGUCUAUCUUACGCAUUUGGACGUCACGGACACGGAAACCAUUCUAACCGAAAAGCUCGCUAAACAGGUUGACGGUUCUGAGUGGUCCUGGAACAAUUUGAAUACUCUUUGUUGGGCAAUUGGUUCAAUCUCUGGAGCCAUGAAUGAGGAGACUGAGAAACGAUUCUUGGUCACUGUUAUUAAGGAUUUACUCGGGCUAUGCGAGAUCAAGCGCGGCAAGGAUAACAAGGCGGUCGUCGCGUCGGAUAUCAUGUACAUCGUCGGACAAUAUCCUCGUUUCCUCAAGGCUCACUGGAAAUUUUUGAAAACUGUUGUUAACAAGUUGUUUGAAUUUAUGCACGAGACGCACGAGGGUGUCCAAGAUAUGGCUUGCGAUACUUUCAUCAAGAUUGCGCAAAAAUGUAGACGCCACUUCGUCAUGCAACAAUCUGGUGAACAGGAGCCAUUUGUGGAUGAAAUUCUGCGCCUUCUUCACAGGAUUACUGUAGAUCUUUCCCCCCAACAGGUCCACACAUUUUACGAAGCUGUAGGAUACAUGAUCUCCGCCCAACCUAACAAACCCCAGCAGGAAAAGCUCAUUGCUAAAUUAAUGGACUUGCCCAAUAAUGCUUGGGACUCGUUAAUGGCACAAGCCGCGCAGAGCAUGGACGUCCUGGCGAGCAAUGACAAUAUUAAAAUCCUAGCCAAUGUCCUCAAAACCAAUGUUUCCGCCUGCACUUCAAUUGGAAGCUUUUAUCUACCCCAACUUGGUCGUAUCUUCCUCGACAUGCUCGGUCUCUACAAGGCUGUAAGCGGCAUUGUUAGCGAGACUGUCCAGAAAGAAGGGGUUAUUGCCACCAAGACGCCCAAAGUUCGACAACUUCGCACUGUGAAAAAGGAAAUCCUCAAGCUCAUGGAAACUUACAUCAAGAAGGCGGAAGAUCUGGACGCUGUUAACAACAACUUCAUGCCUCCUUUGUUGGAUGCCAUCCUCGGAGAUUAUAGUCGUAAUGUUCCUGCCUCUAGGGAUGCAGAAGUCCUGAACGUGAUGGCCACUAUUAUUCAAAGACUCGGGCCCCUUCUAACACCACAAGUUCCUGCAAUCCUCGAAGCCGUCUUCGAGCCUACUCUGAACAUGAUCAAUCAGGACUUUUCAGAGUAUCCCGAGCAUCGUGUGGGCUUCUUCCGACUGCUCCGUGUCAUUAAUCUGAAUUGCUUCCCUGCUCUCUUGACCAUUCCACCAAACAACUUUAAGCUUUUCAUGGAUAGCAUAAUUUGGGCCAUCAAACACACGAUGCGUGAUAUUGCUGACAUUGGUUUGAACUUGUGUCUCGAAGUCGUCAACAAUUUUGCUACAGCUGCCGAUCCUGCCGUUACAAAUGCAUUUUUCCAACAGUACUUCCUCAGCAUAGUCCAGGAUAUCUUCUUCGUCCUGACAGAUACUGACCACAAGAGUGGUUUCAAACUCCAGAGUGUUUUGCUUGCACGCAUGUAUCAACUUAUUGAAAUGAACGUCAUCCAAACGCCGCUGUUUGAUCCGUCUCAAGUAUCUGACCCAGGAGUAACCAACACGACAUUCCUGCGUGAAUAUACGGCAAAUCUAUUGAAGACCGCUUUCCCUCAUGUUCAAAACUCACAAGUUACCGUGUUUGUCAAUGCCCUUGUCGAGAACCAUAACGACAUCAACCGUUUCAAAUUGGCACUCCGUGACUUUUUGAUCCAACUCAAAGAGUUCUCGUCGGGAGACAAUACAGAACUCUUCUUGGAGGAGAAAGAGAUGGAGACUCAGCAAAAGGCAGAAGCGGAAAGACAGGCCGCGAUGCGGGUUCCUGGAAUGCUCAAGCCCAGUCAGCUUGAUGAUAACGACACAGAUAUCUGA